UGACCCGGUUCCGCUGGCACCCCUUUCCCCCAGCCGCAGGGGGAGGGAGGAAGAAAAGAAACUGUCACCGUGGGAUUUCAUCAGCUUCUUCUGCCUGCGUGCAUUUAACCUAUUUUCCUUUACUUUGGUUAUGUAAGAGGAGCGGUGUAGCGAGGAGCGACCAGUAGGGAUGGCCUGUGGGCUUUCUGGGGAAUCGCCGGGGUCUUUUAUGUUUAGCUGGUCCGCCGAGUUAGCGCCGGCAAAAGCACUGACGUGUAUUUACAUUUCUUGCACUGCUCCAGGUAUCGCAGCAAAGUACAGGAGAGAGGGGCAGGGAGUAGAAAUAGAGGGAAUUUGGUCGAGUUUGUUAUUUCACACUGAGUGAAAAGCAAGAGGGAAUUUUAAGUGAAGUGUCAAAAUCCUCAUCUGUUGAUAUUCUCGUGCAAGGAGAGAAUAUGAAACAGGAGCCAAAAUGACAUCCCGAUUUGGAAAGACCUACAGCCGGAAAGGGGGAAACGGCAGUUCCAAGUUUGACGAAGUAUUUUCCAACAAACGGACCACCCUUAGUACAAAAUGGGGAGAAACCACCUUCAUGGCCAAAUUAGGACAGAAGAGGCCGAGUGUCAAACCAGAUAUUUCCGAAGCUCCUAAAAAACCCAAAGUUGAAGAUGAGGUAACAGAGGAUCCAUUUGGUUUUGACAGUGAUGAAGAAUCUCUUCCUGUGUCUUCGAAGAAUGUGACACAGGCUAAAAGCUCCUCUCAGCUGGAACCCAGUGAAGCUGCUCAGUCUGAGGACUUCACUCCUCUACUUGAAGCUAACAGCAGAAUUAAUCAGUCAGACAGUGGAGAACAUGUUGCAUCCAGCAAGUGCAUAACUUUUGACAAUACUGUUCCUCUCUUAAAAGAAAAGAGCACAAGCAAAACCAUGGAAGAUGGAGAAUGCCAAGGCAGCAGUGCUAAGCUUGUAACUGCGGAUAAAAUACAGACUUUGAAUGAAGAUAAUGAGAACAGUCAUUUCGGUUAUGAGAACGCCGAAGACAGUAACAAAAACAGUGCUGAAACUACAGACACUUCUGGAUAUAACAUUGAAGCCAAGGACUUGCCUGAUUCUUGGGACUCCCACAUCGGAAAAACAGACUGUCCAUCAGAAACAUCUCGGACGAAGGGCCCAUUAAGAACUCACUUGUAUGAAUGGGAGGAUGAUACUGAAGAUACCAGAACUGGAGAGUAUAUAUUAGAUUUUGACAAUGAACGUCUCUCAGAGAUGAAGAGCAAGGAUGAGGAGUGUGAUAAAGAAGAUACUGAAAACCCAAAGGAAGCCAUUAGUGAAGAACUUGUGCAAACUAUUCCUAGGCCAAGCAACUGUAGGACGUACUGUCGAUCCAACAAAGCAAAACUGCAGGGGGCAACAAAUUUUGACAAGCUAAUGGAUGGCACUAGUCAGUCUUUAUCCAAAGCAAAUAAUGAGUCAAAUAAUGAUGGUCUGAACUCAGCAAGAAAAGUUCCUUUAAGUAGCGGGACCAGUUUUAGAGGGACGGUUGGACGGACUAGAGACUACACUGUUCUACAUCCAUCUUGCUUGUCAGUUUGCAAUGUUACUAUACAGGAUACCAUGGAACGAAUUGAUGAAUUUACCACCACAGCCCCUACUGACCUGGGAGAAGCUGGGCGCUUAAGAAAAAAAGCAGACAUUGCUACUACAAAAACUACAACCAGGUUUCGACCAAGCAAUACCAAAUCCAAAAAAGAUGUCAAGUUAGAAUUUUUUGGGUUCGAUGAUCAAGAUGAGGGAGAGGGAGAUGAAGGUGCCUCUAGAAGUUCUGGGAGUUCCAAUUACAAAAUCAAGUACUUUGGGUUUGAUGACUUGAGUGAAAGUGAGGAUGAAGAUGAAGAGUGGCAGGUGGCGGAAAGGAAAGCUAACAAAAAACGAAAUAGAGCUGCACCAUCUUCUUCGCUACAGUCAACCUCUGAUGGCAAUGAAAACUGUUCCCAGGAUAGCCAGCUCAGUACUAAUGCAGAUCUUCUGGAGUUUUCAGAGGAUACACCUGGUGUGCUUGAAGGCAAUAAGAAAUCCACAAAUAAGCAAGGUGAUAAAUCUAAGGAAAACACCAGGAAGAUUUUUAGUGGGCCAAAGCGGUCUCCCACAAAAGCUGUAUAUAAUGCUAGACACUGGAACCAGCCAGAAUCGGAGGCUCUGCCAGCACCACCGGUUUUGAAAACUCCCAGUGUCCCAGUAAGGCUAUCUUCAAAGGAGGCAAUUCAUAAAGAUGAUGGAGUUUUUAAGGCUCCUGCACCACCUCCCAAAGUGAUAAAAACUGUGACAAUACCUACUCAGCCCUAUCAAGAGAUAGUAACUGCAUUGAAAUGUAGGAAAGAAGACAAAGAAUUAUACACUGUUGUUCAGCAUGUAAAGCACUUCAAUGAUGUAGUGGAAUUUGGUGAAAAUCAAGAGUUCACUGAUGAUAUUGAGUACUUGCUAAGUGGAUUGAAGAGCAAUCAGCCCCUAAACACACGUUGCCUUAGUGUAAUCAGCUUGGCGACAAAGUGCGCCAUGCCCAGCUUCCGAAUGCAUCUGAGAGCACAUGGGAUGGUGGCCAUGGUUUUCAAAACACUGGAUGAUUCCCAACACCAUCAGAAUUUGUCCCUUUGUACAGCAGCUCUAAUGUACAUUCUGAGUAGAGAUCGUUUGAACAUGGAUUUAGACAGAGCUAGUCUAGAUCUGAUGAUACGGCUUUUGGAAUUGGAACAAGAUGCUUCUUCUGCCAAGCUGCUGAAUGAAAAAGACAUGAAUAAAAUUAAGGAAAAAAUUCGAAGACUGUGUGAAACUGUUCACAACAAGCAUCUUGAUCUGGAAAACAUCACGACCGGGCAUUUGGCAAUGGAGACAUUACUGUCUCUCACCUCGAAACGAGCUGGGGACUGGUUUAAAGAAGAACUGCGACUUCUCGGUGGUCUUGAUCAUAUUGUAGAUAAAGUUAAAGAAUGUGUGGAUCACCUGAGCAGCGAUGAAAAUGAAGAGAAAUUGGUCGCUUCCUUAUGGGGUGCAGAAAGAUGUUUACGGGUCUUAGAAAGUGUAACUGUGCAUAAUCCAGAGAAUCAGAGCUAUCUGAUAGCAUACAAAGACUCGCAACUCAUAGUAUCCUCAGCUAAAGCACUGCAGCAUUGUGAGGAGUUAAUCCAGCGGUAUAAUCGUGCUGAAGACAGUAUCUGUUUACCAGACAAUAAGCCUCUGCCUCACCAGAAUGUAACUAACCAUGUGGGUAAAGCAGUGGAAGACUGUAUGAGGGCCAUCAUUGGUGUCUUGCUCAACCUGACAAACGAUAACGAAUGGGGUAGUACAAAAACAGGUGAACAAGAUGGUCUGAUCGGCACAGCUAUGAAUUGUGUGCUUCAGGUUCCAAAGUUCCUACCUCAAGAACAGAGAUUUGAUAUUCGGGUGCUGGGAUUGGGUCUGUUGAUCAAUCUAGUAGAAUACAGUGCUCGGAAUAGGCACUGUCUUGUCAAUAUGGAAACAUCAUGUUCUUUUGACUCAUUCUGUACGGGAGGAGGAGAUGAUAGCCUAAAGAUAACUGGGCAGAUUGAUGCUGUUCAGGCUUUAGUGCAGCUAUUUCUUGAGUGUGAGCGUGCGGCUCAGCUGGCUGAGAGCCAGACAGACGAAUUGAUUAAAGAAGCUCCUACUGCUCAGCAUGAUAAGAGUGGGGAAUGGCAAGAGACAAGUGGAGAGAUACAGUGGGUCUCCACAGAAAAGCCAGACAGCACUGAAGAGAAAGUUAAGAAGGAAGAAGAUGAUGAAGAACUUGAUCUUAAUAAAGCUCUUCAGCAUGCUGGGAAGCACAUGGAAGACUGCAUUGUGGCCUCCUACACGGCAUUGCUUCUAGGCUGUCUCUGCCAAGAGAGUCCAAUCAAUGUGACUACUGUGAGGGAGUACUUACCUGAAGGGGACUUCUCAAUAAUGACUGAAAUGCUCAAAAAAUUUCUCAGUUUUAUGAACCUUACUUGUGCUGUUGGAACAACAGGCCAGAAAUCUAUCUCUAGGGUGAUUGAAUACUUGGAACACUGCUAGAUACUUAACUUCCGCUGCAGGCACUCUAAUGCUGGAGCUACCCUUAGACAAAAGAAGAAGUCAUGAAAGAAGUCCUUGAAGGAUAUACCAAGAGCAUUCAUCUGUGUUAUUCGUGUUUGGAUUUUUAAGGCUACCUGGUCUCUUAACCAUGCAUUCAGCAUUUUCUAAAAGACAGUUACUACAUCAAUCUGCAACUAUCAAAAAUGAGGGGAAAAGGUUCUAAGGAAAGUAAAUAAAGAACCCAUGCUGUUUAUGAUGCAGUGCAGUAUUUAAAUAUUUUUUGGCAGGGUUUACCCUCCCUAUCUUUUUUUUUCUUGCUUUGUUCGUGACAAGUUUCAAGGGGGAAAAACUUGCUGCUGAUAGUGCAACUGCUGUUUACUGUUGAGCCACUGUUUCAUGCCAGCCAGGUGCAAAGGCAGCUUAGCUACUGAGGUAUCAAACAAAUGUUCUAAUAAAGAAGUUCUGGACAGCA